GUCCGCGCCAGAGGCUAGAGGCGGAUUUCCUCAGAAGCCGCGUCCAAGUCUGUCUGAGAACAGAAAACGGGAAUCGAAUUAAUUCUGUUUCACCGCUAACGAGGAGUAGGCAAUGGUUCGCUCUAGCUCCGCCCAGUAGAAAUUUGAUUCCAACAAUCAGGAAAAAUUCUCCGUCUUCCGCGCUCCGGAGACACUCAGGACUACAACCCCCAGCAGGCAUUGGGACUCAGCGAUCUGACUUGCGCAGUAGCGUUCGUUGUAAAGUGCUAUGACAACAGGGCGAAGAUGGCUUGGAGUUAGGCUUGAAUCGGGAGGUGUCCCUUCCGCCGCUGCGGUCCUUUUUCUGCUACAUCCCACUCAUUGCCUCCUUCAUCAUUUCCUCUUUGUGAGCAGCAUUACUUUCCUCUGUUCUCUCCUGCCUGAUCUCUGCCACGGGACUGAUGCCGUUUUUCCUGCUCGUCUCUGAGGGUGACAGAGAGAGGAUGCGGGAGAGCUACUUGAUGGGAUCACUCCAACUCCGUGGAACUGGUGGUGCUACCUGGUGAGACGCUGUCUUUGCCUGGGUCGUGGGACAAGUUGGAUCAGGAGAACGAGAAGGAGUAGUAAGGAUUGCUUUUCUCUGCGACGUCCAAUCUUGCUCGUCGUUCCAGCCCUGGGACCCUGGCAGACAUUCUUAAAGGGACAUCUGUAGAGACCGCGAAGGACGGUGGGGCAGGACCCACCUGAUUCAGCAUCAGAGUGAACAAAAAUGUCUUUAUUUAAAGCCCGUGAUUGGUGGUCUACUGUUCUGGGAGAUAAAGAAGAAUUUGAUCAAGGCUGUUUGUGUUUGGCUGAUGUUGACAAUACUGGAAAUGGACAAGAUAAAAUAAUUGUGGGCAGCUUUAUGGGAUACCUAAGAAUCUUUAAUCCUCAUCCUGUAAAAACAGGAGAUGGAGCUCAAGCUGAGGAUUUGCUUCUAGAAGUGGAUCUACGAGAUCCAAUAUUGCAAGUGGAAGUAGGAAAGUUUGUUUCAGGUACUGAGAUGCUUCAUUUGGCUGUGUUGCAUUCAAGAAAACUGUGUGUCUACUCUGUCUCAGGAACCUUGGGUAAUGUGGAACAUGGGAACCAGUAUCAGAUCAAAUUGAUGUAUGAGCACAAUCUUCAGAGAACAGCCUGCAAUAUGACUUAUGGAUCAUUUGGUGGUGUGAAAGGUCGUGAUUUAAUUUGUAUCCAGUCUAUGGAUGGGAUGCUGAUGGUGUUUGAGCAGGAAAGCUAUGCUUUUGGGAGGUUUCUCCCUGGUUCUCUUUUACCCGGCCCUCUUGCUUACAGUUCCCGCACAGAUUCCUUCAUUACUGUUUCUUCCUGCCGUCAAGUGGAAAGUUACAAAUACCAAGUACUUGCUUUUGCAACGGAUGCAGAUAAAAGACAAGAGACUGAACAACAAAAACAUGGGUCUGGAAAAAGACUAAUUGUAGAUUGGACUCUAAAUAUUGGAGAACAAGCCCUUGAUAUAUGUAUUGUAUCUUUCAAUCAGUCAGCGUCUUCUGUUUUUGUUCUUGGUGAGAGAAACUUUUUUUGCCUUAAGGAUAAUGGACAAAUUCGAUUUAUGAAGAAACUUGAUUAUAGCCCAAGUUGUUUUCUCCCGUAUUGCUCAGUUUCUGAAGGAACAAUAAAUACUUUGAUUGGAAACCAUAAUAAUAUGUUGCAUAUUUAUCAAGAUGUGACACUGAAAUGGGCCACUCAACUUCCCCAUGUUCCUGUAGCAGUAAGAGUGGGCUGUUUACAUGAUUUAAAGGGAGUGAUAGUCACUCUGAGUGAUGAAGGUCACUUGCAGUGUUCAUACCUGGGGACAGAUCCUUCUUUGUUCCAAGCUCCAAAAGUUGAAUCUAGAGAACUAAACUAUGAUGAACUUGAUAAGGAGUUGAAAGAACUUCAGAAAGUCAUCAAAAAUGUUAACAAAUCACAAGGUGUUUGGCCCCUGACUGAGAGAGAAGAUGACCUGAAAGUCUCUGCCGUGGUUUCUCCUAACUUUGAUUCAGUAUCUCAAGCUACUGAUGCUGAAGUGGGAGCUGACCUUGUCCCUUCAGUCACAGUGAAGGUCACACUGCGGAAUCGAGUGGCACUGCAGAAGAUCAAAUUAUCAAUCUAUGUGCAACCACCUUUAGUACUAACUGAUGAUCAAUUCACCUUUGAAUCUAUGGCACCAGAUAUGACUAGAACUGUAGGCUUUUCCGUUUAUCUGAAAGGAAGUUAUUUACCACCUGAAUUGGAAGGAAAUGCUGUUGUUUCUUAUUCCAGACCAACAGAGAGAAAUCCUGAUGGCAUUCCUCGAGUUAGCCAAUGUAAGUUUAGACUUCCUCUGAAAUUAGUCUGCUUACCAGGCCAGCCUUCAAAAACUGCAAGCCACAAGCUAACUAUUGAUACCAACAAAUCUCCAGUCAGUCUUCUCAGUCUCUUUCCAGGAUUUGCCAAGCAGUCGGAAGAUGAUCAGGUGAAUGUAAUGGGUUUUCACUUCUUAGGAGGGUCCCAAGUUACGCUUCUUGCUUCCAAAACCUCUCAACGAUACCGCAUUCAGAGUGAACAAUUUGAGGAUCUUUGGCUUAUAACAAAUGAGCUUAUCGUCCGCCUUCAAGAAUAUUUUGAAAAACAGGGAAUCAAAGAUUUCACAUGUUCUUUUUCUGGACCUGUGCCCCUUCAAGAAUAUUUUGAGUUGAUUGAUCAUCAUUUUGAGUUGCGGAUAAAUGGUGAAAAAUUAGAAGAACUCUUAUCUGAAAGAGCUGUACAAUUUCGGGCCAUUCAACGUCGGCUGUUAACAAGGUUCAAAGAUAAAACACCUGCGCCCCUCCAACACCUGGACACCUUGCUGGAUGGAACUUACAAGCAGACAUCCUGUCUUCCAUGCCCCUCACUUCCAUUCUGGGAUCCCAUGGAUUAUCCUGGAGAAGGAAAUG